AGAGCGCCCCAAGGGAUGACGAGGACGAAUGGUCACAAACUACUACAAGAUCAUUUCAGGCUGGACAUAAGGAAGAAUUUCUUUACUGUCCGAGCCCCCAAGGUCUGGAACAGCCUGCCACCGGAGGUUGUUCAAGCGCCUUCACUGAACACCUUCAAGAUGAAACUGGAUGCUUAUCUUGCUGGGAUCCUAUGACCCCAGCUGACGUCCUGCCCUUUGGGCGGGGGGCUGGACUCGAUGAUCUUCCGAGGUCCCUUCCAGCCCUCAUGUCUAUGAAAUCUGUGAAGCCCUGGAGCCACCCCUGGGCGCAGCACCCCAGGGACAGGCCCCCAGCACCCUCCCCUCUCCCAGCACGGCCAUUCCUGCCUGGGGAGCUGCUGGUGAGUGGGUGGAGUGGUGGAGCUGCUGCCUCUGACGGGGAGGGCGGAUAGGCGCAAGCUGAGGAGAAGCUGCUUGUCCAGCCGGACCCUCGUCUGCUCUGCAGGGUCCCUCCGGCCCCAGCCCCGACCACGCAGCAGGACCGAGGCCUGAUGGGGGCUGAGCCCAGGCCCAGGCCCUGAGCUGGGUGCACGAGGGCUCCCCAGGAGCAGGGUGGGCCGAGUGCCCGGGCUGUGCAGGGCUCGUACUUGGGCCAGAGGGUGCAGGGCAGCACGACCAGGCUGUGGGACACGGUGUGUGGCCCCUCCAGGCCAGGCCUGUGCCCUGCGGGGUUGGUCCUGUCUCAGCCCGUGCCCUGCCCUCAGCCAGCGCUGCCCUCUGCUGUUAACCCCACCGCUCAGUCUGCUCUGCGCCUCCACUCCAGCCUGGUGCUGCCCCAUGUCCCUCCUCUGCGGCCCCUCUGGGACGGGGCAGUGAGCACCCGAGGGCACUGACGUCUGCCCCCACUAGUGCUGACCCCAGUCGCUCUCCCACAGGCUCCCACUCCUGCCGGCAUUUCUACACGGGGGUGUCGAAUCCCAGCCCGGACGUGCCCCGUUUCACUGCCGUGGGCUACGUGGACGACGAGCAAAUUCUCCACUACGACAGGAGCCAUGUAGGGACUGGGUGCAGGGGGCCGUCGACCCAGGCUUCUGGGACGGAGAAACCGUGACUUUACGGGACCGGCAGAGGGGAUUUCACGUGAACCUGGUCACCCUGCAGCACCGCUACAUCCAGAGAAGGGGUGAGUGUGAGCAGGCAGGUGUGAGCAGGAGGCCGUGGGGGACCCUGGGACUGAGGGUGAAUGACGGCAUCGGGGGGCACCUGGCCAUCAGCAGCACAGGGUGGGGAGCCAGGAGGGCAUCGCAUUGUCUCCUGUCUGGUCUGUGUGUUCCUGCCAGCCAGCUCCUCCCUGCACUCCUCGCCCUGUCCUAUGCCCCUUGGUGUCAGUAGUUUUGUAGGGUCGGAAGGGACCUGAGCAGAUCAUCAAGUCCGAGCCCCCGUUGUUCCUUGUUAGUCCCGGUAGUGCUUGGGGGAACAAGGACUCCCCCAUUGCCUGCUGGUCCCCCUUGGCCAGUUUAUAGACAGCCACCAGAUCCCCUCUCAGCCUCCUCUUGUGGAGGCUGAACAGGUUCAGAUCCCGCAGCCUCUCCUCGUAGGGCCUGCCCUGCUGCCCUUGACCAUGCAAGUGGCCCUCUGGGCUACUCUGGCCCCUCUCCACGCUGGCCACCUCCCUCCUGAAGUGCAGCACCCAGACCUGGACGCAGUACUCCAACCGGGGCCUGACCGGUGUCGCGUAGAGGGGGAGGAUCGCCUGCUUGGACCUGCUCCUGAUGUGUCUGUGGAUGCACGACAAGGUGCCUUUCCAACUUCAUCCCCACACUGGCAGCCUCCAAAGCCACUCUGCCUUCCUGAGAAGGGUCAGCCAGGGCCCGUGCUGCCAGCUCUGACACACAGCAGAGAGGGGGACAGCGUGUGUGCCACCCGCUGUGGGUGAGCCUGCCCCAGCCCCCAUGCCAGCCGGUCCCCCAGGCCUCUGCACACCCAGCCUGACCCCCUUGCAGCACAAGUGGGCACCGGGGUGAGAAGAGCACUGCAAGCCCUGCAGGAGCGGCUGCAGGAGGGGCUCUGGGCCCCUCCGUGACCCCAGCCCAGACAGCCCAGGGCAAGGGGCUCAAGUCCUGCAUGUGGGGCUAAUGGAGCUGGGAGGGACGGGGGCCAGGGCCGUGGAGGGAGGGCAGACGUGUGAGAGGGCAGGGGCCGUGCAGGCCUGCGGUGCCCAAGACAGCUGACUGCAGAGGUCUGUGUAGCAGGUUUCACCUGCCCCAUCCUGCCCCUGCGUUCCCAGGGUGCGCGGGGGCUGCAGUUGUGUCCCUUCAGCCCUGUUCUCUGUGACCAGAGCCCCCGAGCUGUCCCGGUGCUGCCCCCCAUGGGGUCGGCUCUGCCCCUGCCCAGCCUGGCAGCCCUCGGCGGCCUCUGCUCCCUGGGGCUGUGACCCUGGCCAGGGCUGGAUCUGUGUGUUUCAGGGUCUCACACUCUCCAGCUCACGUACGGCUGUGAGCUCCACGAAGACCACAGCACUGAAGGCCACAUGCAGUUGGGCUACGACAGGGGAGACUUCAUCAGCUAUGACUUGGGAAUGCACACCUGGAUAGUAGGGACAACGCAGGCCCAGGUCACCCAGCGCAGGUGGGAUGAGAAUAAAACCCUUCUUCAGGAUACAAGAGCUUACCUGGAGGAGACCUGCAUCGCGUGGCUGCGGCAGUACCUGCAGCACGGGGAGGCAGCGCUGCAGAGCAAGCGCCCUGUGGCACAGGUGAGCGACCGGCCGUCAUCAUGGGAUGGACGCACCACCCUGUCCUGUCAGGUCCACGGCUUCUACCCUAAGGACAUGGCUGUCGUCUGGCUGCAGAACAGGGAGGCGCAGCCCCAGGAGACGAGCCGCUCGGGGGUCCUUCCCAGUGGAGACGGGACCUACCAGACCUGGCCCACCAUCGAGAUCCACCUGAGCAGCAACCACAGCUACACCUGCAGCGUGGAGCACGUGAGCCUGGGUGCAGCCCUGAGAGUGGCCUGGGACAAGGGCAGGAUGGAGUCCGACCCAGCGAUGAUUGUAGGCAUCGUUAUGGGUGCUGUGCUGGUCACUGCCAUGGCGGGCGCAGCCGUUUUCUUCCUCACUGAGCAGAGCCCGGUGGAGCGUGCACCUCGUCCUCGGGACCCUGCAGAGGAGGAGAGGGAGCAGCACAGCAACGUGCUGCAGCCCAUUUCCAACUCAUAAGCACCUUUGUUUUUGCCUUGAAUUUUCCAGACAAAGCGCCUUGCUCUGGGACAGCAACUAGCCCAUGGGUGUUUUUUAAACCACUUGUGUCUGUGAGCUAGAAGCACUCAGCGCAGAGCAGUGCGUCAGUGCUGUAUUGCGGGAAGUGGCUGGGCAGUGGUUGUGACAGGUGGGAUUUGGGGCUGACUUGUAGCUGAGCGGCUGCUUGCCGAUCCUGGACCACAGUUUGGUAUUGUGUGUUGCCAACGGGAGGCAGAGCUGCGAUGCCCUCAGAGCUGAUUGUGAACGCUGCGGUGACCAGGCUGCACUGACGCGGGCAGCGUGUGGGUCAUGCCCUCCAGCCCCCUUGCUCGCUCUGUCCCGGAGCUGAUUGUGCAGUACAGCUCCCAGCCCCGUCUGCGCGGACUGAGCUGCUAUUCAACUUCUCCCAUUGCUUUUUGGUGCCCUGGUUGGCCCAGGGUGCAGCGUGCCCGCUCCCCGUAGUCUGGGGCAUGGCUUGGAGAACAAAACCUCAGGGAAACGGGGGGCCUUCACCGCCCCCUCCCCGCAGGUUCCGGGACUCUGGCCGUGAUUCUGAUGAGCAGAGUCUUCUUCUCCAUCUUUUUUUUCCCCAGAGCUUUAGCCCCAGGCAGGUUCGGGAGCUGUUCCUUGGGUCCUUCCAGCCCCACUUCCAGCUCAGGGGCGGGCGAUUAUUUCUGUUGGAGAACUGUUCUUCUAGAAAUUUUUAAUUUGAUUAACAUUUAAUUUUAUUAUUACUUAUGUUGUGUACAAUACAAACAAGAAUCAAAUAUAAACUUUUGCUUAUGUAUAUUGGGGUGAGGUUUGUGUGGGAGGGGGCGGUAAUAGGGUAUGUUGGGGGUUGCCAUGAGGCUGAAGUUGGUUCCUUCUUUAUUCGGAGUUUCUUAUUCCUUAUUCCCGCUUCCUUCUUCUAGACUAGACCCAAUAAAAACU